CUGAAGUGAGCGCGCGAACGCUUCGACCGUUUCUCCCGACUGUUGGGUACGAGCAGCGAAUUUCUGUCUAUACAGAACUGCGGCUUCCUGUUUCCGAAACAGUCCGCGCAGUGAUUCCCAUAUUUCUGAAGCUGGCGCCGUUGGAGGGAUUCCAGUUGCGCGGAAGAGGCGCGUGGCUUCCUCGCUCAAAAAACUGAGAACGUAAGGGCCCACGUGCUUUUCGGGAAUACUGGAAAGGUAUAAGGAUACAUGAAACUCCCAAUUGUCAAAAUCAUCCCCAGGCCGAAAUACUGGGGGUUGCCUCGGCACAGGUCGAAAAUCCGAAAAAUCCUGGGUAACAACACGAAGUUGCGAUUUCAUUUUUGGGGGGCUGACUUUUUCCUUCUCCAUUGCGAUCCCACCUCUGACACCAAAUGUAACGGAGUUCCUGGAAUGGGGUACCGGCGGGAGCUGGAAAACGGGCACGGAACGAAUCAACGGCGGUAGAAAGCAGCACGGUCAAUCACAG